AUGGUGAUCAAGGGAUACGACACCUCCCCUCCUAUUCCACCUCCUACUCAGGUUGUCAAAGUUGCUGAUGCAGACAGCAGCAGCAGAUUUGGAUGCAAGGGAAUCAUGUAUCCUCCUUCUCGUAGGGAGGUUGUCGAGGAGGCUCUGAGAAAACACUUCUUCGCAUCAUUUGGAAUAACGUUAAUACAUGUUUUUGUUCCCCAAGUAGACGACAGUGAUAUUCUCUGCAGUCACGGCUUAAUCUAUGUCAAUGAAGAAUGUGAAGCAGAGGCUUUGCAGCUUGAUGGAAGUGACAUGGGAGGAGGCCGUAUUUUACAAAUUACGGCUUACCCUUUUGCCGACCAUCACCUUGACCAUGUCUUUGCUCAGACCAAAGGCAUAGACCAGUUCCUACAGCGCACGUUGGAAGUUUCAGGAUUUGAUACUUCCCUUGCUAGCAAGGAUGAUAUCAAGGAGAUGGUACGUGGGCUGUUCGGUACAUCGGGUUGUUUUGUUCUUGGCAACGGGUGUGUUCUCCUGUAUCUCCGUGGUCAAGAUAAUAUUGACAAUGCUCUGAAACUUAGCGGAGUUUCUGUGAGAGGCUUUAAAAUUGCAGUUGAUAUGGUCCUUCCAAUAGACAGCAUCGACGUUGGCAUACCUCGCCCAGUGUGGUUGCCUCCAGCUCAGGGAAAUAAGAAGACGAUCAUGGCUACUGACUAG